AUAACCUCAAAGGUGAUAUUUGUUUACAUAUAAGACGUUUGUUGUGAUAAUUUAUUUAUUUAUUAUAUUUUAUUGACAAUAGUUUAAAAAAAUAAUAAGUUUAAAAAUGUCAAAGAGUAAAAAAUUGUGUCAACAUGAUUUACGAAAAGCUAUGAAUGAUCACAAGAAAAAACUAGGGGCUGUGAAAAAAAUAGAAUCACCAUUAGCCAAGUAUACAGAAUCAGGACAACUGAUGUGCGUGAUAUGCAAGUCAGUAGUGCGCAAUGAAACUGUUUGGGUUGUCCAUUUAAACUCUAAAACACACAAGGAAAAUGUAGCCUUGGCUAAAAAAGCUUUAGAAGUAAAAGAAACUCCCAAAAAAGUUGACAUAAAUUCAUUUAAACGGCCGCCUUCACCCACUCGAUCAGAAGGGCCAAACAAAAAAGUAAAAGGAAUAUUAAAAAACUCCAUUCCUGUAAAAACUACACCAGCAUUACCCGCAGACUUCUUUGAUUCUCCUGGCAAUGGAACUGCUGCUGCGGAGAUUAAAAACUCUGAGAAAGCAGCAGUGAACAUCAGCAAUGACCAGCCGGCCGAAUCUGCCUCGGUCGAGGCUGAACAAGUCCAAGAAGCAGAGUCCAGUAACUCCGCGGCGCUUCCUGAAGGAUUUUUUGACGAUCCUGUUUUAGAUGCUAAAGUACGAAACGUCGAGUACAAAGAUCCUGUUGAAGAAGAAUGGGACAGGUAUCUAAAGGAAAUAAAAGAAGAAACGGCACAAUCUGCUCAAAUUAUUGCCGAAGACCACGAGGAAGCGACGACUGAACGGCAAAUAAAUGAAAUUGAUGAGCAGCUUAAUAAUCUCGCCAGGGUAAUAAACUUGAUGAAAUGCAAAGAACAAAUCAAUGUCCCCCAGAAGAAAGUAGAAGAGGUAGAAGAAAUGUCUAGUGAUGAAGACAGCGACUUUGAUGAAUUUUUAGACUGGCGAGCUAAGAAAUCUUAUAAAUAAACCAAACAAUUUAAAUGUCAAUUAUUAUUUAUAAUUAAAUAAAUUUUUUUAUUUUAUAAAAGAGUUUUAUUACUAUCAGAUAUUUUAGAAAAUAUUAAUAGUUGGUAAUUAUUCAAAUUUAAGUACAAUAAAAUAAUUGAAUUUUUAUCGUGAGUUAAUUGUAUUUUUAAUUAAUAAAAAAAAUUUUUAAUUAUCGGCACCUGGGGAAUGUCGGUUAAUUAAAAUUUUCCUUCAAUAAUUUUUUACUUCACUCCGACAUCAGUAUUAGUAAAAAUAAUUACACUUUUGUCUUGAUUAGAGUCCAGCUGAGAUUUACUUUCAAAAAUAAAACUUUGACUAGAUGACGUCAAUAAAACUGACCAAUGCUGCCUUCAAGACUUACUCUGAUGUGCAGAAGCAAUU